CUAUAUCAUUCAGGUACUAGAGAGGAACUGAGCGGUGCUCAGCCGUCUGCAGUGAGCGGCCCGGAACUGAUCUCAUCGUGCAUUGUUCCCGGGGGGAAGCAGAAAGCGGUGCACACAGCACACAGCAGCAUGUCUCUGCAAAGCCCCGAUUCUCCGUCUUUUCUGCAGAGAUGUGACUACUGGCACGAUGCUCUGGAUCCCGCCCUGUUGCUGUCAUCCGAUGUUGAGAUAAAAAAUCGGAAAGAUCUACUGGGGACACACGGAGAGAGCGACGAUGAAAAGGUGGCGGCGGCCCGGAGGUUGGUCCAGGUGUCUGUGCACCCCGAUACCGGCACCAUCACCCCUUUCCCCUUCAGACCCACUGCGUUCCUGUUUGUGGGGAGUUCACUGAUACUCCCCACAUUAAUGCCUCACCAAGGUGUGAUGUCUACAUUCAUCUCUCAGCUUUUCUUCCAGGCGUACAGUGCUGGAUUCACAGUGAUGAACAGGAAUCUCUCCGGGAAGGAGAAGAACUCGCUAUCCCAGCAUCCUCUCUACCUGUCUGGGUCUGUACUUAACGUGGCAUGUUUUGGGGCUAUGCCACUUUAUGUUGUGAAAAGGUUGAAACUUAGCGGUCCAUCAACAAAAAGCUUCAUUGGUAGAAUACUGCCUCCUCCGCUGUUAGCACUGCUGGGUGGCCUGAACGUUUUACUUGUGAGAAUUUCUGAAGCGGAUAGCGGAAUUCAGGUUGUGGACCGAGCGGGAAAUGUUGUCGGCGUGUCUCCUAAAGCUGGGAAAAAGGCAGUGAAGGAAACCGCACUCUCUAGAGCAUUUCUGUGCGGUGUCACAGCACUCACCCCCUCAUUGGUGAGAAAUUCUCCUCAAAUGCUCCGUAAUCCUGGAGUUUUUACGGUUGUUAAACUUCUGAUUGCCGCUCUCACCUUUGGGAUAAUGACUCCGAUAUCCUUCGCCUUAUUUCCGCAGCAAGGAAAGAUCAAGAGAGACAAUCUUGAGGAUGAACUAAAAGAGAAGACAUCAGCCUCAGAACUUUUCUACCAUCGUGGACUCUGAGUGCCAAGUGGCUGCUGGACCCUUAGAACUUGCAGGGAGAGAUGCCUGGGCAGAAGGAUUCCCUCUCGCAGCAUAAUAACCCCAGACCAGGAAGUACGAACUGCUGACCUUAAUGGGGAACUUGUGAUCGUAUAUGACUUUCGGCAAUUCUGGGACUACAAAUCCCUCAUCUGUCACCCCUGAUUGAGUGAUCCUCUGUUUUCGUCUCCAAUAAAACAUUUUCUAGACA